GUCGGGGCAAUGUAUUGUCUCCUUUAAUUACAGUCUGCAAAUUAGUUUCAAAUGUGGAAGAAUACAACAAAAAGAAACGGAAAAGCUGCAAGUCAUUUAAUGACCAGAUAAGUCUCCAUUCUCAUGAUUUAUCUGAUAUGCUUCUCCUGGAGCCAUGGAUGAAUACAACCGCUUUGUGGAUUGGGACAAAAUGGAUGUUACUGUCCAGAGCCAGGAUGCGAAGGAGCUAACCUGCACGGAGUUCCAGGAGCUCAAGCAGCUGGCCCGGCAAGGCUACUGGGCCAAGAACCACUCUCUGAGAGCCAAAGUGUACCACAGACUAAUUAGCAAUAUCCCGUGCCGCACAGUGACCCCAGAUGCAAAUGUGUACCGGGACAUUAUUGUGAAGAUUGUUGGAAAACGUAACAGUAGCUCCCUUCCAUUACCAGAGUUUGUGGAUAACAGCCUGGUCCCCACAUACUGCUUGAAUGCGGAAGGCAUCGGGGCAGUCAGGAAGAUUAUAUUGUGCAUUGCGAAUCAGUUCCCAGACAUAUCAUUUUGCCCAGCACUGCCUUCUGUGAUAGCUUUGCUCCUCCACUACAGCAGAGAUGAGGCAGAGUGCUUUGAACAGGUUUGUCGCAUCCUUGCUUGCAAUGACCCAUCUAAGCGGCUCAUUGAUCAGACGUUCUUAGCUUUUGAGUCCUCCUGCAUGACCUUUGGUGACCUGGUUAACAAGUACUGUCAGGCGGCACAUAAGCUGAUGGUGGCAGUGUCCGAGGAUGUGUUGGAGGUAUACUCUGACUGGCAACGGUGGCUCUUUGGAGAACUGCCUAUGGUGUACAUUGCUCGGGUCUUUGAUGUGUUUCUGGUGGAGGGCUACAAAGUUCUCUAUCGUGUUGCGCUGGCUCUUCUGAAAUUUUUUCACAAAGUCAGAGCUGGGCAGCCCAUGGAGUCUGACAGCAUACAGCAGGACAUUCGAGCUUUUGUGAGAGACAUUGCCAAGUCGGUGUCUCCAGAGAGGCUUUUGGAAAAAGCCUUUGCUAUCCGCCUCUUCUCGCGGAAGGAGAUCCAGCUUCUGCAGAUGGCCAAUGAGAAGGCUUUGCAGCAGAAGGGCAUCACGGUCAAACAGAAAAGUGUUGCACCUCCCAAAAGGCAGAAUGUGCACUUAGCGGUUCAUGCUGAGAACUUCAAGUCUGAAAUUGUCAGUGUGAAAGAGAUGCGAGAUAUCUGGUCAUGGAUUCCAGAGCGAUUUGCACUUUGCCAGCCCCUCUUGCUUUUCACCACCUUGGAACAUGGCUGUAGUCUGAGCAGGUUCUAUUCUCACAGCGAGGGACACGAACCAACUCUUCUCCUCAUCAAGACCACAGCAAAAGAGGUCUGUGGUGCUUAUCUGUCAACUGACUGGAGCGAGCGCAGGCGAGGAGGGAACAAGCUGAGUUUCUUUGGAACUGGGGAGUGCUUUGUAUUUAGGCUGCAGCCAGAAGUGGAACGCUAUGAGUGGGUGAUCAUAAAACACCCAGAACUGGCCACAACUGGUUCAGAGCCAGAAAAUCAUGCCUCACCAGCUUCCAGCACCCUCUCUUCCGGCAGUGUCCCAUCAGACCCCUCGGAUCGCCUUUCUCCCUUCUUAUCGGCUCGGCACUUCAACCUGCCUUCCAAAACAGCCUCCAUGUUCAUGGCUGGCAGCAGCGAAUGCAUCAUUAUAGGAGGUGGUGAUGGCCAGGCUCUUUACCUCGAUGCAGAUCUGAACCACGGAAGAACCAGCCACUGCAAUACUUUCAAUAAUCAGCCUUUGUGCUCUGAAAGCUUCCAGAUCUCUGUCUUGGAGGUGUGGGGCUUCAGAGACACCAUGAAUGGUUGAUGUGACUAUCAUUAAUCGACCGGUCAAUUGUCCUAGGAUUCCCAAGGCAAAUUCUAAUGCAGGAGCCAAGUUAGAACAUAAUUUCUGCUGGCCUCAGUGUUUUUUAGUAUUUACUAAGUGGUGCACUUGAAUGCAGGGCUUAGUUGUUUACUCUUAUUUUAGUUAAGACACGUCAAAGUGAAGUAAUGUAUCUGAUUAACUCCUUAGCUCUUUACCUCUGGAGACCUAGAUUCAGGUCCUGUUAUUAGGUAAAAAUGAAAAUGUAAUGGAUUUCAAACCAUCCUAAGUGGAUACAAGUCCACAUCACAGGAUAGGUUUGCAGUUUGAUGCAGUUCCUCAGAGGCACAGAGCUGGCUGAGGUACACUGUAGAGCUGUGUGCCACUGGCACCAGUAUCUGGCUUGAGCCAGUAAUAUCAAAUGUCUGCUCACAGGGAACAUUGAUGACCUCAGAUUUGACGUAGAACAGUAGUUCAUAAAAUCAUUGCCCUACUAUAAGUAGACGUUGUGCAGACAAAUCAUGAGUAAUUAUCAGUACUAUUUCGUAAGUUAUGAAAGCCCUCAAUUAACACAAGAACCAUGAUUGCUAAUUAUCCUUCUCCUUGUACCUGAACCCUUGACACAUUCCAGUUGCAUCUGUUUGAGGAGUCUGCCUCUGAGGAAGGCAUCCAGACUGGACAACGAUAUCUCAAAGGCUUGAUUUUGUUUACAUUCCUAUUCCAUAUCAGUAUAAUGACUUCAAACUGACUCACGUUUCGGGCAGCUGAAAGCCAGAGCAUAUAUGCAAGUGCUCAGAAACUUCCCUUUCUUCAUCUUUCCUGGAAGCUGAAAUGGAGCUUUAAAUCUGAGAAUAACUGUGCUGAUAUCCCUACGUGUUGAGGGAAUUAGACAUUGUGAUACAGAAGCGUAUUGCUCUCCCCACAGGUAAAUGAAGGGAGGUGGGAGGGAAAUCUUCUAUGUAAUACUAUUCUGGGAGUGGACGAGUUUCCCAGGAGAACUCCAGGCGACACCGUUUCUCCAUAUCAUGAGUAUCCCAGUAAUGAGAUCCUGAAAAAGGAAGGUAACGCUUUUUUGCCAGCAGUGUUCUGGUAGGGUUUGGGUGAUGCAAAGAGGCUUUGCUCAUUCCUGAGAAUUCAUACAGUUCUCUGCAAGCAUGCCUUGCGGCAUGUGAUGUCUGGAGGCAAUUGCCGAGUGUCUUUAUCUAAACCUGCUAUAGAACUUCUCCCACAUGAAGCACAAGUACAUAAACAUCAAUGGAUAGUCCAGAGCAUACGACAGGAUGCUCUCAAAGCUUCAGUGGGUAAUUUGCUAGUACGAAGAUUUACCACAACAAGUAAAAUGAGGGGAAAGAGGAAUUGCUGGUUUUUUCAACAGUUCAAUCUAAAAAAUUGCUUUAGAAUGGGGGAAAUGUUAUUAUUACUUAAACUUGAAGUUCAUCAAAAGGAAAAAUUAAAAAUUUAUAGUAAUAAAAUCUCAGCUAGGCUGGACAGGGUCAUGUUAAUAUUCAGAGAUCACAGAUGAGUCUUGUUGGUAACGUUGGCUUGUUUAGCUUCACGUCAAUGUAAAUACCAUGUGUCUUGGUAAAGUGUUGCCUCUUGCAAAGUACAUGAGCAAACUUGGCAAAAAUGUGAUUUGCUUCUUAAGGUGCCAUUUUGAAUUUUUGUCAAAAUAACUUUGAAAUAUUAGACUGCGUAUACAACAGUUUAAGAUCUCUUUUGCACCAUUUAUAUUUGGAAUUAGAUUAUUUCACCCUGUUUGAGAGUCAGCACUGGGCCUCUCUUUCUUUCCCACUUCCCACUUGGUGAGUUCUGUCCAGCUGUCUUCUCAUAGGUUUACCAUAAGUUUGAUUGAACUAGAAGGGAAGGUCUAAUUCAGUUAUACUUACGUAUUUUGAUGAAGAGGAACUUUAACAGUCAUAUCUGGCUUUUUACAACUACUGGCUGAUGCUGCCUUCUAUUAUUUUUUCAAAGCUAGCUGUAUCACUUUGCACUUGCUAGUAUCCCACAAGCUUCCUCAGACAAAACAAAUCACUCAAAAAAAAAAAGUAUCCCAUUUAGUAGGUUCUCUUAAGUGUGGGUGGGAUUUCAGUUUUGUCCCUAUCUCCUCUCUUUCAAGCUUGUUUGAGGUGCCCUUGGAAAACAAAAAAACCAACAAAACACAAUAGCAUUAAUUUUCAGCUUGUUAACUUGUCAGAAAUUCCCUCGAGCUGUGUGUUGGCAGAAUUUGUGGGACUUUAGUAUUACACUCAAAAUCAAUAGGUUUUAUCUGCAAAAUCUUUCCUGCAGCUGGCAGUGGUGAUGUGAUUUUCUCACUCCCCAUCCCUGCUGGAUGCAACUAUGUCAGCGAAACCUGAGUACUAUACCGUGUCUUAAGCCAUAUCCAAGAAACACUGUUCCUUUCCCUGCUCUGUUCUUAAUGCACAGGGAUUUGGGUGUUUGAAAUCAGAAAUGACUCAUAGUUGCUCAGAAAUUCAUCACAGGAUAUUAGUGUAAGAAUCCAAGGAGCAGUACUGAAAAUCAGUGAGGUUUAGGCAUCUGAGUCUCGAGUGUCUUUUCAAAAGUCAAUCGCAGGCCUCAGCUCAGCUUCCUUUGUGUCAGAUGAGUACAACUUCUGACCCCCCGGCAGCGAAGGUCCACAAGAGACCGCUUUUUGGUAGCUUAUCGAGAUGGCCAGCCAGUCUUUCACGUGGGACUGAAGGUAAAUGUUCAUUCUUAACGUAAGACAUGGUGCUGGGUGGCUGGCAGUGUCUAACAGCUGCUCUACGUCUAUGCAUUUGCAACUGGCGUGGGUGUGCUUGCAGCACACACGGCGCCCAGAGCAAUUUGAGCAAUGACCUGUACGAGUUUGCACAUCACAGCAGGGGAUAAAAGGGUUAACAGGUGGUCCUCCUUCUGCUGGCUAUUCGUAUUCAUAUCAAUCUUGAGGCACACGUUGCAGGGAUGGUUUUGGUUUGGUACAGCACUACCCUGCUGCAGAGAUCCUGCAGGUCUGGUAUGUAUGUUUUAAAUUUGAAUAGCCUGAAUAAGCAAGAGGCUGCAAUAAUCUAGCAAGAGGAAUUACACAGUGCUGUGUCAUCUUCACACGACCCUUUUGUUCAGUAAAAAUUAAUGUUCCUCUUCACGUGUAAAUCAUCAUGUGUAAUUCUCGUUAGGUUGUGAGACACCUUAGCAUUGUGACUUGGUCUUCUUUCCAGUAGGGAAGAGGCAUUUUUUUGUCUGGGUAGUUAAUGGUGGUUGCUGACCAAGUGUAUAUCAAAGUUCAGGUAAUUAAGCCAACGGUUUGUGUUACAUGCAAAACUCUUGAGGUGGAGGCCACGGACUGGUUUUUGAGACAAUGACUACAAUGGGCGCCUUAUCAGAAAGUUAAAAUUAUCUGAAGUACCCCAGCUGUAAUAACUCUGAACAACUGUUGGUGUAGUUUGUGGUCCUGCUGGCAGCAAUGGCAGCGAGGGUGCCAGUGUCGCUUGAUGAGCUGUUCGGUGUGGAGCUGGAGAGCUGAAGGCUGGGCGUCAGCUACCACAGUUCUUCAGGAGCAUAUUUGCUUUCCUGAGAAGCCAUUUUUGCUUUGUAAUAUUCUCUUGAAGGCAGAAAAGGCUAGAAACUCCUGACAUCAGAAACCUGAAUUUAUUGUAAAUGGCAUCUAAGCUGUUUCCAGGCCACAGGAACUGUUUCCAGCUGUUAGCCAGGCUGGACAGACUUCAUCGCUGGACCCGAAGCUGUCAUUCCUACAGAUCAUGCACUUUGACACGCUCCCUUUUCUGAUGAAGCACAUUAAUCGGCCUCCUGUUAACGGAGGCCAGUUAACAAAGGGAAGGGAAAAACUCCCAUUUCCUCUGUGCUGCGGUAAGUGAAGACAAACUGGGGGGGCGGGCAGUACUGUUCUUUAAAGAGUUAAACUUCAUGCCAAUAGAGAUCUGUGUUUAGCCACGGAGGGGUGGCACUUGCAGAUCUGUCAACUGCUGUUCGUGUGUGUGCAUUGAAAUUGUGUGCUUUGUCCUUGGAAAUCCGUCCUCGAUCGUGGUGGGGAGUGAGCUCCGCUGCCCACUGACCGCACAGUGGCCAUAGCGACGUGGACACCACGGCCAGUGGGGACUAAGAGCUCACCUGCAGCCAUGGCGCUGGAAGAGCUCGGCUCCUGCGACUGACACCCGGAGUCCGAUUGUUGGACAGAUCGGAGGCUUGGGCACCCAACUGUUAACAUUGAGAUGCCUUUCUGCCAGCUCUCUGUCGUGAAUUUCAGACUAUUCAUAGUUGAGAUGAGUGUGCAUAUUAUUUGGGGUGAUGAUUUUCUUCAGAUGAGUGGUGGUGUGCUGCCGGUGUGAAUUGGUUUUCUACCCUAUCAUUGGAAUUGCUGCCCUACACUGAUGGUAUUUUUGUCACUGUGCAGAAUCUUGGAUUGUAUUAAAAGGUGUUUGACUGUGGAGGC